ACCGCACCGCUCCGCUGCUGCUGCUGCUGCUGCUCAUCAUCUCUCCGAAGCUUCUCAUCUCCUCUCCACUCCUCCUCCUCCUCCUCCCCCUCGCCACCUCCCACGCGCUGCCACGCCGGCGACACGACCACUGCCUCCCCCCGCGCGGGCGCGCCAAGCGCCGGGAUCCCGCUGCUGCGUUCCAGUUCGCGGCCGGGGCGUAGUAACCACAGAAGAACUCCGAAUCUGUUGCCUUGAUGGCACGUGAAUUUUCAGUUGAUAAAGUUGGAGUUUCAUCAUGGAUUUGUGUGGUAACUUGCGGGAUAAACAGUGCAAUACACCUUAAAAUGGGGUCUACACGAUCAAAGAAUGAAGAUGACAAGGCCAUUGUCUUAUGCCACGAAAGAAAACGAUAUGUUAGAGAAGCACUUGAUGGAAGAUGUGCAUUCGCAGCUGCUCACUUCGCUUAUAUUCAAUCACUGAGACACACAGGAUUUGCUCUGAGAAAAUUUUUGGAGCCUGAAGUGCCAACAGAUUCUUCGCUGUACACAUCGACAUCUGCAACACCAGAACCUCCUACUAUUCGGCAGAAAUCGAGGAACUUAUCUCCAUCUAUUUCACAUCAGGCCAGUGACUCUUUCUCCCCAGUUCCAUCCCCUUUAUCUUCCGGACGGUUCCGUAUCAAUCAUAUGAAAUCUGGGGGGAACCCUGUCAUGACCAUUGAGGAGAAGGUGCCUGUUCCUGUAACAGCAACUCUACAAACAUCAUCCCUUGUUCCUAAAGCUGUACAUGACCUGGAUGAUAGUUCCACAUUUGAAGCACCUCCAGGGACACCACCGUGGGACUACUUUGGCCUUUUUAACCCUGUUGAGAACCAAUUUUCAUUUCAUGACGAGAAGGAGCCUGGUCAUGACUUUGAAAACGCUGAUGAUAUCAGGCGUCUUCGGGAAAAGGAGGGAAUUCCAGAGCUCGAAGAGGAAGGGGAGAAGACUCCUGUGCAUCCUGACAAUGUUAGGCGCUUCCGUGAUGAGAAAACUUCAGAUCUCAAAGAUGCAGAAAAAUCUCCUAUCAAUGGAAGGGAGGAUGAUUUUGCAGAGUCAGAAGAUGAUUUCGAUAAUCCAUCAUCUGAACCUUUAGUGAGGGUGUUCCAGAACCGCAAUGAUAUGCCUGUUGAAAAUACUGUGAUGAAUCAGACACCUGAACAUGUGGCUUCAGAAAAGUUAGCUUCAGAGAAUAGCGUUUCUUUUUCUCGAAAACAGGAGAAUAGUGAUUCUUUUUCUCGAAAACAGGAGAAUAGUGAUUCUUUUUCUCGAAAACAGGAGAAUAGUGAUUCAUUUUCUCGAAAACAGGAGAAUAGUGAUUCUCAAAUUGACAGGCCAAACAAUGACAAGGAGGUGCUAGACAUUAGCAUGUUUGAAAGUGAUGAUGAAAGCCCUGUGGCAAGCCCUGUAAAAGAAGUGAGAUCUUCCAUUGCUGCUCUUCCUAUGAAUGGGAAAUCAAAAGAACCUUUUCAUGACGUUAGAAAUGGUGCGAAGGAUUUGCAUUCAUGCAUGAAAGAGAUUGAAAUCUUGUUUAUUAGGGCAUCAGAUUCUGGAAAAGAAGUACCAAGGAUGCUUGAAGCAGAUAAAGUCAAUUUCCGGCCUUUACUGCCUGAAGAAAAAGCACAUGGAUCAAAAGCAUCAGGCUUCUUUGCGACAUUCUUUGCUUGCUGCGGUGGGGAGGAAAUUCCUAUUCCUCAGCCUCCUCCUGAGGCUGAAGUGAAGUACCUUACCUGGCACAGAUCAGUUUCUUCACUCUCUUCAUCAUCUAGAAUUCCUCUUGGGGUGACUUCAAAAGAUGAUGCUGAUGGUCUCACUGGAAAUAUCUUUAGUGGUGUAUACAUGAAUUCUGGCAGUCACGCUUCAACACUAGAUAGAUUAUAUGCAUGGGAGAGAAAGCUUUAUGAUGAAGUUAAGGCUAGCGGUGCAAUUUGUAGGCAAUAUGACGAAAAAUGUAGGCAAUUGAGACACCAGGAAUCAAAAGCUGAAAGCCAAAUGAGUAUCGAUAGAACCCGUGCUACUGUGAAGGAUUUGCACUCCAGAAUUAUAGUGGCCAUUCAGAGAAUUGACAUGAUCUCUAAGAACAUUGAGGAUCUAAGGGACAAAGAGCUUCAACCACAGUUGGAGGAAUUAAUUGGGAGUUUAACUCGCAUGUGGUCUACAAUGCUUGAGUGUCACAAACAUCAACGUGAGAUUAUUAAGUCCAGCAGUGGCAACACGAAGGUCUUAAUUCGGUCGGAGUCACAAUUUCAAGCAGCUCUACUCCUCCAGGUUGAGCUAAACACUUUAUAUUCAACCUUCCUGAAAUGGAUAGCAUACCACAGAUCGUACUUGCAUAGCCUAAAUUCAUGGCUACUUAAGUGUGUGAAACCACUGAGGGGCAAGAAGAGCUCCAGGAGGAAGAAGGAAGCAGAUACUCCCAUAACUAAAUUUGCUGUUGCACCCAUGUUUAAAACCUGUGAAAGCUGGAUAAAGUUAUUGGAUGAUUUACCAACCAAGGACUUGGAAGAUGCUAUCAAAGGCCUCGUGGCAGAUAUAAACCACUCUGUGCCUCGCCAAGAAAAGCGGCGUGGUACUUCAAAGUUGACUUCCUCAUUAUCCCGUUCCAGUAGUACCAAGACGAUUUCCUCAUUUUCUCGGAAUGGAGAGUUAAAUGGUGAAAUGUCAGAGAUCCACAGAAAUUCCCAUACUACGGAUUUACAGUCAAGUUUGGAGACAUUCCUAGAGGGGUUUGCAGAGUUUUCAGAUGUUUCACUGAAGAAGUAUAUGGAACUCGCGGUUGACAUUAACAAAGCAAAGGAACAAUAUGAGAAUGUGAAGUUAAAGAACAUGGGAAAGUGAAUAAGUUCGACAAAGUCAGACCAAAGGAACUAAUUUCUGGAAGGAAGAAUGGGCUACAAUAACUCAAAGCCAUUUAGAAGUGGAUAAGUGGAUCACCCAUGUGUAUAUUAGCCUGUUUAAACAAUAGGUAUAAAUUACUGUUACUUUUCUUUUUGGGUUCAGUUUGCAAGAUAGGUUUAGGUGGGAGAGGAAUACUUGUAGAUUUCUGGCCAAUGCCAUGCCGCAGAAGUGUAAAUCUGAGGUUUAGGUAAAAUUAAACUGAUGGUGGGGGAUACAAUAUGUGUAUUUAUCCUGGGUAUAUCAUUAUAUGAGUUUUCCCUUUUCUUCUCUUUUUGAUCUGUGUAGACCUUCCAGUCCUUUAUACAGCUAGACGUAUCUAUACAGCCAAUUUCUCCUUUUGCGGUGAA